CCUUUCUUUUCCGACAGCUCUGUGCGGUGCCAAUUGCGUGGGUGCGUUGCCGUGACGUUAUUCUGCCGCCACCUGUCACCGCCACUUUCGCACUGCUUUACGUUAAUCUCGCAUCGAGGAAACACUGGGUGACCGAAGUGACGAUCCAGAAAGACACUAUCAGAAGACCUGCUAGAGCUGCUUUCACAAAGACGGAUCUGUGUGGAUGUUGUGACUGUGUUAUGUGAAGUGGCGCGUCGCGCUCCCCAGGCACUGAAGCUGCGUGCUUCCGCCGCCGUUCGGACUACGUGCAAUCGAGAACCUCAGUUUGCUGUUUGCUCAGUCUGCCUCCUAAAUAACCGCUGAGGGACGCCUCUUCUUCUGACCAAGCUUGCGCGCGCGGUGAUAUUAAUAACCUUUCGAUGUUGGCGUGACACUGAAGGCUGCUCCGUACGUGGUAGUUCUGUUGUGACCACGCGCUGUUCGUGACGUUGCGCCUUGGAAUGAUGUUGCUGCUUGCCCCCUGUGGAUUCCGUUACUUCUAGAGCUGCGGACGGUCAGGGUCAUUAUCUUCAGCGCAACAGCUGACUACCUGACUCGCCGGAGCACGCGAACUGCAAUGUCUGAGGUUCGCCGAGAUUCCCCAUGAGUCACCGCUACCGCUCUCUUGAGUACCAAGCCAGAGGCCCCUCCCACGUCCAGCUAGCCCUAAACCAAUCCCUUGCGGAUGCGUAGACAUCCACCGACUACGGCGAUCCCUGGCCCCGGUAAGAGGAGCGCCGUGUGGUCAUCCUACAGCACCGCCGGCCAUGAUGUGUGGGACUUCUGCGCCAUUGCCGCCAUGAAGCUGCAGAGUUACCGCGCCACAGCCACGCUCGCCUGGGCUCUGGUAGUGCUCCAGUGCACUGCGGCGGCUUCGGCCUGGAGCAUCGAGGACUAUGAGACCCCAUGGGCCAAGCCACCGCGGACACUACGACUGGAUGGGGCCGAGCCAGCGCGCAUUCUCAAGUCGGUGCCGCCGCCGCAGCAGCAGCAGCUGGGCUACGUCGGCUCGCCGGACUACUGGCCGUUCACGGGACACGCGGCGCCGUCCUUUGAUCCCGCAACGCCACGUAACGUCACCACCCAGCUGGGACAGACCGUGUACCUUAGCUGCAUGGUCAACAACCUCGGAGACAAAACCGUAACGUGGAUCAGGCGCAAAGAUCUGCACGUUCUGACCGUGGGUCUGGACACUUACGUCCAGGAUCCGCGCUUCCAGGCCAUUCACCUGGAGCGCUCCAACGACUGGGCGCUGCAGAUUCGCUACGCGCAGCUCAAUGACCAGGGACUCUACGAGUGCCAGGUGAGCUCGGACCCCAAGAUGAGCCUGUUCGUGCGCCUGCGCGUGCUGGUUGCACGAGCCGAGAUCGUGGGAGCCAGCUCGGGCCAGCUGUUCCUCAAAACGGGCUCCACCAUCAACCUGACGUGCGAGAUCAGCCAGAGCCCCGAGCCACCCGUGUUCGUCUUCUGGUACCACAACGAGCGCAUGAUCAACUACGACGAGGCGGCCAAAAGCCACAUCCUAGUGCGCAAGGCCGGCCGGAACGCCGCCGUGUCACGCCUGCUAGUGCACGAUGCGGUGCCCUCGGACUCCGGCAACUACACCUGCGGGCCCUCGAAUGCAGACGCUACGAGCGUCGCCGUAUUCGUGCUCAACGGUGAGAAGCCGGCCGCCAUCCAGCAUGAUGCCACGCCCCCUUCUACAGCUCAGCCCUCCGUGUGCGUGUCUGAUGUGGUGGUGCUGCUUGCGGUAUUGGUGGCCUUGAGGACUGUGCGUGCCCACAGGUGAUGAAAGUGGACGUCGCCUCCUGCACGUCGACACGCCACACAGAUCACCCAACGACAAUACUCCUGCACCUUCACCGCGCGGAAUGAUACUAGCCAACCGUGACUCGACAUGACGCGCGUACCCAUUGUAACACGACACGACCACGAUUUGUUUCACCGCAGAUACGGCAAACGCGCUCGUGAAUGUAACAGUGCAUCGGCAGGCUAUGGGAAAAAACUGUGCACUGUUCUGCGUUCUUCAUGUGUGAUGUGUGCGUGUGUUCGGGCGUGUUCCGCUUUCGGAGUGCGACCGCCAGUCUUCUUUGUGUUUGCUUACAUUGCCUAUGCUGUCUUCGACGGCGUGUACUUGUAAGCGACGGAGGAUGUAGUAUCCCAAAUGCAGUGAACGUAGUGAUGUGCCGGCCGUGAGGUGCAUGGGAUCAAAGUCGGCGGCAGAGAAGACGCUGACUGUGAAAUGUGACGGAGGCUCCCUGACGUUUGCAACUUAUCCAACGUUAUAGAUACCGCAACAAUACACCCUCCCCCCCCUCCGCCGUUCUGAAUCUUCAAGGACGCUCCCAUGCCUUCCUUUGCUGCCUUUUAAGCACUUGUUGGUCAGCGACACGCCGCGUAAACAGUCUGGAAUAGUGGAAACACCAAGAAACCCAAGUGUUUGAAUCGUCACACCUGGCAGAAAGCGACCAUGGCAAUAGCCCGUGGCUACUUUUUUUUGUUCACUGUAUUUUACAAUAUCCUUCCUUACCGUGUUCGAUGACGCAAUGAUGCAUGGCUUCAUUACAAUGCUGUAUACGUGGCACAAUACUCGAAGACAAAAAAGUGACGUACCUAACAGUAGCUAUACAGCGACUCUCAUGACUGAAGCACUGGAAGAAACGAUGCAGUUUAAGCAUUUCCAAACCUAGGACAGGCCUUUCGGUCAAAUCUACAAAGAUACACAGGAGAGUGAAAAUAAAUGUAUAUAAAGGCGUCUGGUGAACUCGGCGUGCGCAAUCCAAUGGUGGAAAUGGAAAGAAGGAAAUAACGUUUAGCAGAACUGCUUGAUCAGCAAGUUCGUAGUAUAUGCACUCUCUAAAAUUAGCAAAACUGCUAGCGUACACAAAUCGGCGAGGCGAACAGGGCGAGCUCUCGAUUCUAAUGUUUAUCGUAUAACAUGCAUCGCAUACAAAAUGUACUAGUAUAUGACUGACGCUAGUCAUGAAUGUGAUAAUCCGACUAAACAUGUUUGUUUCCAAACAUGUUUGUUAAUGUUAUCACGCAAUGUUGAUAUGAUCGGCCGCAUAGCGGAAGGCAAUAGCCUUGCACGUGGUAUGGCUGUAUCUGCUGUAAUUAUGAAAGCAUAGGCAGAGGAAUAUGGGUCACAUAUGGUAUCAUUGACCUCCUUUUGCGCACCCACUUCUUUAAGGUAUGUUUCAUGGAUGAAAGGCAGCAAUACUGUCAUGAUAUUUGCCUGUAGAGAAAAAAAAAAAAAAAACCUGCCAGAAUCACAAAGCGGUAUCACUGGCAAUUACAGGGACUGGUACCGCCGGCAUAUACGAUUUGGCUUUGAUGUCAGGAUGUACAGCGUUCUGAGCGUGUUAUCCUGAGUGAUGCAAUGUUAUUCACAGUAGUUAAACUAAUUAGUUAUUCGCUAUGGGGACUUAUUGGUGCUAACAACCUAUGUCAUGUUUUACGGCUUCGGCCGUUCGAAUAGUUGCGAUUCCCGUUACUGUUCCAAAGGUUCGUAUGCGACCUGCUUUGUUCACUUUAAAGCUCCUGGGGUCGAAUUCACAAAGUUCUUCUUUCGUACGUACUCUCUGCCAUUGGCCAACCGUCUUCGCUAAUAUUAUGUCCAGCAUCAGGAUUGGCUGAAAUUUUCUCUUAUGAACAAUUUUAGCGUAAGAAGGUUUUGUGAAUCCGGGCCCUGAUUACGUGUUUGCAUGGGCACGUCCUAAUGGAAAGAAAGUAAAAAUGCGCCAAAUUUAGUUUUAAUAAGUACGCUACAACAGAGCACCUGGUCAACGUGGAAAUUUAUUGAACCACUUCGAAGUGAUUAUCACGAAAUAUUUGGACCAGAUGGAACUAAAGCACCCAGGAAAGCCGUAAUUUAGAAAUGUGGGGUAAGGAUGAAAAGGGCUGCCUCACGUCUGUAUCAACGUUCCGACUAGCCGCGUGGUUAAUCAAAGACUAGUCCUGUUGCGGAAAACGUGGCCAUCGGUAUUCCGGUAUUUCCUGUGCGAAGAGUGUUCCGUAUACUUUCACAGCUUUUUGGCCAACUAACUUGGAGCCAGUGUCUAAAUUUCUUACAUCUGCCGCAUGCUUGAUCUUCAAAGUAGGACCUAAGAUUGCAUUGAUCGCUUUCGUCAACGUGGUAAAUGGCAUUUUCAGUUUUCGCCAAAUCGAUAAAGUGGUAUAAUCUGAUGUGACGGAAAAAUCUGCGUCCAUGCUGUUUCUGUCAACAUUUAUUUGUAUCACAUGUUUUCCGAAUGCUUUCCCAAUACAGCGAAAUCACCAUCGCACAGAGGAACGAUCGCUGAGGCAUCUGGCUGGCAGUUAUGACACGCUUUGCUUAAACGGACUGGCAACUGUACAGGAUGUGCUGCGAGACGUUGAUGGAGAUGAAACGACCAUCGUUUAUAGCGAUAGGAUCCAGCAUGCUGUUCGCGAUUUAACCAGCAAUUAUAAUUUUAAGUUAGCGAAGAAAGCCUCAAAAACCAGUAAGUGGCGCGGCCUGGCGGUGAAAUCUUCGUACUCCGGAUGUAGUAGACGAGAUGACUGCAUACGUAAGUUGGCUGUUAUUAAGUACAGCAUACUUAUUGCUUAAAAUAGCAGUUCGCAUAUUAUCAGACGCUUGAGUUUUAUUAUAUGCGUAUUAUGAAGUAAGGAAAGUCCACGCUUCCCACAGUCAAUGGCGGCGCACAUGCUCUUUAGGCACGCGAGUUUGCGAGUAUGUAGCCAGAGUUGUGUGGUCUUCCUGUGAGAUACUAAAUUCCAUCGACGAAGUGUGCCGUAAAUGGGUGUCAUCACUACAGUAUUAGCACUCGCGUUGCUACGGCAACACGCUGAACUGCGUACCACGUGUAAAAGCGUCGCAACGUUUUCGAGAACUUAAUUGGGCUUGGCUAAAAAACACUCUUGACUGGUUAAUGAACAAAGCAGUUGGACAGGAAACCAUGAAAACAGGUAGCUGUUAUUGCAGAAAUAAUUUAACACUUCGGAAAUCCUGAAUCGCAGGAGCAUCGGCUUGAUAAACGAAAUAAUACUUUCUCACAGCUACGGCCGCACUUGUCUGCCUCCCACCAACGUCGGCGUAUAAUCGCUAUCGCACUCACCUAUCACUAUAAAGCCUGCUUCCAGUGAAGACUACACCCUCAUACCAGAUCGAGAAAUUCUGCUAAAACAUCUAUGGCAAUUUCCGCGUUACCACGUCAUGAUUAAACACUCUGACCGGUAAGCUUUCCAUUGUACUAAAUAAAUUCGUACCAUGAGCAUUGGUUGUCAGACCCUUUAAGCAUUACCGAAGACGAUCUGCCGUCACUGUAACACCCUAAAUUUGGAGGUGAUCAGAUUUGUAGGUACUUCCAACUUUUCUAAACACCCACGUGGAACGUAGGCUGCACGCUUAACUAAUUUUAAGGGAAGGCACCAGGCGUUUGAACGACAGAGAUUUCAGGAGUGCUGUUUUAUCUCCCAUCUUGGAUAUUUGACUAGAACAGUAGAAGGCUGCAAUCUCUUGCCUCCGCAGAUGCCCGUUUGCCCUCAGAAUUCCGUCCUGCAUUCAAGUGGUCCGCGAAACACUGCCGCAAAAACAUUGCAGCGAGAAUUACAGGGCCCUGAGCACGCCCGAACCGUGCUUCGGCGAAUUACUUGUAAUCAGAAACUGUAGGCCAACGGGGCAUCCAGAGACGGCUACAUGGUCCUCGGUGUACAGUUGUUUGGCUCAUUAACCCACAGACUUGUUUAUCAGUCAUUUGAAUGGUGUGAAAUACCACCACUGCAAUUAAAGAAACUACCGGACAAAACAAGGGAACUGCAACAAGCCUCAGUCAUGUGCCAACGUUUGAAAAAAGAAACAUUGGAGCUGGAAUCAGGGUUCCGGUCUCCCACAAUUUCUUCUAGUUCCUUUAAUCAUUAUUGUCAUUAGUCAACUUGAUUCGACUACAAGAAGAAGGCUCCUAGCACGGGUCACCAGUAUCGCUGUUUGCACCAAUCGAAGCCAUCCAAUGUCCUGCAAUGCAUUCAGUGCCUCCUUCCUUCAUUGUAGUGUUGCCGUCAAAAGUUUUUCUGCUUAACUUCCUCAGUCUCCAUCCCUUCAUUCGUUCAUUACACAGGGGUUACGAGUGCCCCAUAUCACUCCUAAUUUAUUACGGGACUCGUUAGCUCUGAGGUGGGGAUUCAGAAAGUCUACACCUAGCUGCACCAGUUUUCGGAAUGUGAUCGUCACAUUGACGACAGGUUUCUUCCCUGCCUAAGCUUCGAGCCAGGUAUUGAGGCAUUCGUUGUGAAGGCCUGUGUGCUACUUACCCACUCCACUACCUAAUAUUUGCAUUCAAUGCUGUUGCCCAGAUCAUUAAAUUACCAGUUUCCUUUUUUGUCUGUUUCCCAUUCCGGAAACUUACGUGCGCUUGUCUACGUCGCUGGGAUACCGGAAGAAAAACCUAAAGUAAGUUUGUCAAUAUUAGCAAUCACAUAAGCUUACGGCAAGCACAAAUGAACCAGAGACGAUACGAUAAUGAGAGAUAUGUAAACAGAGAAAAAAUUUUAAAAUAUCGAGAGCUUCGCAUGGUGGGUGAUGCUAUGGCAGAAAAUAGCUCGUUUUGAAGAAUGUUGAUUGGUGCAGAAGAGUGAUGACUGGAACUCACGCAAUGUUUUCGUGAAAGACUGCUUCCACACGGCUUGACAUUCGAUGAUAUUAUUAUGAGAACGUGUAGCCAAUGCAGACAUGCAUAAACUUGCCUAAUGAAGGUUUUACACGUUGCUAUGUAUCCCCUAUAUUUCCCUGCAGAGUGAACAAUGUGCUCACGCAAAGUAAGAGUUGAAGCAGCUCUUUGUUUUAGUGUCAUUAGCGAUCGUUACAGCUGAGUACACUCAAUGCAAUUUUACAAGGUGUUACAGGUGUUACAAGGCGCUAGAAGUGCCCAGUACUGGACAAGUUUAUACAGGACUAAGUUGGGGAUCAUAAAAAAAAAGUUCUGACCGCAUUUCAGGGAUUUGCGAUAUGCAUUAUUGCGCAUUUAAACAAUAAUUUUUAUACCCGGCAAGAAUGCGCGUUUACGUCAAAAUGCAUUCUGGUACUUUAUGGGCUUUGCCUUCACUUGUCCGCAGCAUUCUUGUAUUAAUGAAGCAUUAUGGAGAGCCGAAUAAGUAUCGGCUACUCCGAAACUAAAUCACCUACUCCAAAAUUAACAAGCAGUGAAUAUUACGGUCCCGAGCUUCAAACAACCAUGGAUUGCAUGGGAGGCUGCCGUCUUUUGCUGAUAAUGGAUCAUGCAGGCGGAUAGCUGGGAAGUACACCUGCAUAUAGCUGCUACACGUGUAUUCAGCCGCACGUCAGGCAUUUAGCGGUUAAGCUUUCGGUGGUCAAAAGCAAGUGAGCAAGUGAGUGAGAAACUAACUGUGGGAGUAUGUCAGAGAGCGAGAUAGAAGAAACGAAACGAAUGACAUGAAGGUUAACCAAGCAGUCUGCAAAAUAAGCAAACAUCCCGACAUUUCUUGAAAAUAAACGGCUUUUAAAUAAUAUACAUCAUGAGCUAUCAAAAAUAGCAUCUGUUGUAUGGCACUAUACACAGCUUUCUGCUCAGUGUAUCAGGAGUCAUAAAAGGACUCGAAAAUUGUUGAGAGAUAUUAGUUUCUCUUGUAAAAUUGCCACGAGAAUGUCGUCAAAUAGUGUUGGCCAAAUUCGAAAGUUCGAGUCUGGCAAGCGGCAUUCUUUUCUUUUUCAUCUUUUUUUUUUCACUGCAUUGCUGCUCAGUUCACCGAUUGGCUGCGUUGUGCAUACUAGGUCGCGAAUUGCGUCAUUGCGAGUAUUUCCAAUUUUAGAGGUGGCAGUCAUGGCAGUGGAGCAGGUAAAAUCUACUGUAAUUUUUCGCUUUACUGAGAGCAUCGUUACCUGAAGGCCUGUCCUCUUUUUUCCCCCGAAAUAUUCAUAGCAUGCCGUGACGCGUAUAUUGCAUGGAUAAGGACGCGAGGUAUUUUUUUCCUUUGAAUAUGAUUACAUGAUUAGAAAUAGCCAGUUUCCUGUUUAAAAAACUGUGACUGAAGUAUACAGACAUGUUCUUUUUGUGAUUAGUAAUGCCAUCAAAUCAAAUAUUAUUCAAAGCACGAUUCUGACGACUGCUUCAUACGAUUAUGGUGACCUAGGGCCAUUUUUCUAAAUUUCUCACUUCCUGCACAGGUAUCUGUAUUUCCACCUCUCAAUAUAAGGGUGUCUUUUAUACAAGUAAAAUAAAAGAAAGAUUGAGUAAAUUUUCGGUCAACGUUGGCGAUGCAGCUAUUUAUGAGAGUUACCAUUAAACGGUUCUGGUUCGAGCCACUCGGGGAAAGUGCAGAAUACAGCGUCUGUUGAAGAGAGGCUUUGCUUAUAGAUUGCAACAGUUGUGAAAAAAUACCAGCAACCAGAUUUCAAUGAUCGCGUUGAAAAUCCCGGCAUCUUUCUUUUCUUUUUUUGCGAUAUUGAGAGAAGUGUAGUUGGUUCGACAUCUUUCUCAAACUUCGGUCCGGCGUCUGGUACCCAUCAGUAUAUUAUCACAAUAGAGUACAGUGAAGAAGUUUGACAGCACAGUUCAAUGGGCGAAAUAAGAGCAAGCUUUUAUCGAAUUGUGAUGUGUUCUUCUCACUGGCACCAUUCGUUUUGCGCUGAUAGACUUUUAUGUCGUGACUGAUUUUUGGCAAGUAAUGUUGGUGAUUGUCUUCAUUUUAUGCAGCAGGAUACCGGUUACAGAAGAAGUAUUAAUUUCGCCAUGACAAAGCGGUAACGUUAUAUGCCUUCUGUGCAAGUUAGACAGAACGGUGGGUCAAGAUGUCGCACACUUUGCAUUCAAAGUGUCGCGUUUCUUGAUGUUGGGUCUACAAAAGAAAAAAAAUACAUCUAUUGGGAAACUUCUUUCCUUUCCCAAUGCGCGAAGUCGAUAUCAGGCUCGAAACAAAAACAAUAAAAAAGAGAAUGCUAGAAAAUCACACUGCGCAACCUGAGAACGAAAAAGAAACAUCUUGUUACCAAGUUAAGAGUGAGCACUGAAGCUUAACUCAAGCCCUCUGUAUAAAAUGCUUCACGAAAUGCUGAUGACAUGAAAGCGUAAUUUAAUUACCUAGGUUCUUGAAACGAUUUUAAAAUCCCACGUUUGGCUACAUUAUAAUAUAAAAUUGGAAGUUUAGGAAAUUGUCAUGAAUGCUCAAUAAUUUCGAGCCGAUAGAUAUCAUUGGCACUGGCACGUCAGAAAUGAAAGCGAGUGAUCCCAUCACACCUUCCAACACCUUAGAUCAUUCGCCAGCCACCGUUCCUCGGAAUCAAUCGCAUGUCCAUUCCGUGCGUCUAAGAUCCACUACUAUAUCAACCACGGAAGUUCUUUCGGUGUUGUCAUAGCGACGGAUUGCCAUAUUUUUGGACGUGAUCGCCAUUCUUUUUGCCUCAAGGAAACUUGCGAAGCCCUAGUAGACGGAAUGGUGACAUUAAAACUGACGUGUUUUAAGAAUGUGUCACUGUUUCCGGGCUAUAUACUUCGGCUUUGUCAUGCCUCGGUUCAUUGAGGGCGCAGUUGAUGGAAUAUUACUGUGGCGCUUGCGAGCUUUUCAAUCAAUCUUUGAAGUGAGAAUGGUGAGUAUAUAAAGCGAAAUGUUUCACUGUGUUAGGCACGUCAUCAGCGCAUGGCCUUGAAGCGUACGAAGUUGUUACAAUCAUUUCUAGUCGAUUCAUUCAUCUAUCGUGUGCAUGUUCUGAGAGUGUAAAAAUACCGCAUUGUUUGCGACUAUAUCAUUUCGCAUGGGUGAUAUAUGGAGACAGUGUUACAUUAUACUUCAUGUUGACGGUUCCUAGGUUGUUUGUAAAUAAUUGCUCAGAAUCUAUAAUAAAAAUACAUAAAGAGUG